AUGCUCGAGGCCAGUCGCCUGACCCAUGGAGCAUUAACUGCUGAUAAAGGAACAGUGCAGUACAUGUCACCGGAGGCAGUAAAGGGCGAGGACGACGAGAAAAAGGGGUAUGGCUUACAGACAGAUAUCUGGAGCGUUGGCUGUGUUGUGUUGGAAAUGGCCAAGGGAACUCGUCCAUGGAGUGAGUCUGGAAAUGCAGCACAUGUGCUGUUUAUGAUUGGAAAUAAAAAUACUCCUUCCGUUGCUGAAAAUGUUCCUGAUAGUGUGAAAGAUUUCCUCAAGAAGACCUUCAUUGUGAUCCCUAAAGAUCGACCAUCUGCCAAGGACCUUCUCCAAGAUAAGUUGCUCGCUGGUAUCACUUCAGACGACAGUGGAAAAGCUGGCACCUCUUCAGCCGACCGUGGAAAUGCAGAUGACUUGGAAACUGCAGGUACAUCUUGGGACUACAUGCAACGCCCAAAACGUCGUAGGUCAAGUAGUGAUACUUCUGAUGUUGACUCCAAGAAGAGGAAAGUCCCCGAGUCACCAUAGGACUGUCUAUUGUGAGAAAGUAGACAAAAUGGACACAUGCAGAGGACAUAUAUGCCCGUUCAAUGACAUUAUACACAGGCGAAAUUGUCGAUUAUCAAAUCUAUAUCAAAAAAUAUAUGAGAGAUAAUCUGUAUUUUUUAUUUUACGGAGUUUGUUAAAUUCUAAAAUAUGCACAUUGAUCGCUUAUUAAUUUGCUAAUUGUUGUGAUGGACCCAUCAGGGCUGUAUUAAUUAGGAUUUAGUUUUGUUGAGGAAUGUUGAUCCAUGGGGUGAGAGUGAAAUUAGGUAGACCACAUCUGGAUGAUGUAGAUUUAUGGCACUACAAGCCUCACCAGCCCCGCCGAAGGCAAUUCUGAAAACGAUCAUAACCUACAUAUACAAUGGGUAGGUGAGCCAGGUAUCUGUUUGUCAACAAUCAUUGUAGAAUCUGCUUUGAAAAAUAAUGAGGCAUUUGAUAGAACUGAUCACUUAUCAUAAUCAUCAAUAGAUACAUUAUAUAUAGUCAAUGAAAAAACGGUUCCUAUGAAGUGGCCCAUUAAUAUGUACGUAAAGAUUGAAAGUCACACCGUUUUCAUGAUAGACUGUAUAAUUUGGUCCGAGGACCCGGUGUAAUGUUUUUGAGUGUUUCUGUUUUUGAGUGUUUCCCCUCAUUGUUUGGGAACGCUCAAAAAUAGAUUGACGAGUUUUUCUGUGUAUCCCCCCUAUUGAAAAGUCAUGGUCUCUCUAGCUGCCUAUUGUUUGGAAACACUGACACAUGGGAAACAACCACAGAUGUUACACCGGUACUAGCUUUUGGUAUGUACUGUGUCUUUAUCAAGUAUGAGCAAAAAAGUGAAAAAUCCAAGUUUGAUACAUGCAAUGAAAAUUGUAUACCCUCGAUUGAAAAUCACAGAAAAACACAGCGAUCAGAGUUAAUAAGGUUUAAACGUAGACAAUGUCAAGGUGUGACAUGAUGUAACUACAGAGUAAACACCAGUAGGCUGCACAGAGGAAAUGACGCACUAUUAUGAUAUGUUAUUUUGUUUUUAGUUCACCUAUCUCAUGCUUGUUGUUUGUUUUAUUUAAUGCGUCGCAUUGCAUGUAUUAACUUGGACCUUUCACUUUUUUGCCCAUACUUGAUAAAGUCACAGUACGUGCUAAAAGCUAGUACCUGGUCCUCGCAAACACAAUGGCGCCGAUUCUGAAAUGAUACUGCAUUUUUUACACACACUUUUCAAUUAAGCUCUACAUGAAUAAUAUGAAGUCUAUUGAUUUGCAACUUUUUGUUCUUCUAGAUAAUAUCAAUGGCCACAAGAGGGCAACUUUUCAGUGAUUUCCGUUAGAUAGCAUUUGAUGUAUUGUACUUUAAAAAGCGAGGCGUAGUGGGGUUUUUUAGAUCACCUGAUAUAAUUUUAAUAGGAACAUGCGACUAAUUUUGAUCUACUGCGAAGACAUUGGAAUAGGUCGAAAUUGGCCGAAGAGGGAAAUCAGAAUAUGCGAAGGUAGCGAGACCCUAAUGGAUGAGAGGAGCCAUUGAAUUGUGACACUGCCCACCAGUGUGUAAAUAAAAAUCAAGUCUUUUUCUGAUCUCCCGCAACGGUGACUUUCCAAGAUAUUGAUGCUUGUCAAUGCGUGACUUGUGUUGCCUGUUGCAUUCUACAAAACUGUAGUACUAAGUAUAUUGAUACACAUGAACCAGUGCCUCGUAUGGUAAACGCUUUCUGAACACUAGACACGUGUAAUAUUUCAAUGCACAUCACAUAAACCAGUGCAUUAAUUGUAUUGAAUCGAAUUUGUCCUUCGUACUCGAGAAACAUGUAGUAGUAGUUUGAUACACGUGAAUCAGUAUAUACUGUAUUGUCGAUUGUAAUCUAGAAAUUUGUUUUAGACUAUUUUAGUAGUUUGAUACACGUGAGCUAAUGUUUGAAUUGUAUUUUGUACAAAAAAGAUGGGACAUGAUCAUAGAGGGCAGAUGACCCAUUGUGGCCAGAAAAAAUCUUUAUUUUUAAAGUGUUUUUUUUUCUCUAAGGUAAAGCAUAAGCAUUGACAAACCAUGCAGCUCGGCAAAUUAUCAAGUUAGCGUUUGAAAAUGCGAGAUGAUACUCAAAUGUUCGCACAUGAUUAAACGUUUUUGAUGAUUGUAUGCAUUACAAUUCACGGACAGGAUACUAUAGUCACAAAAGGAGUAUAGCAUACAAGGUUCGCAUCUUGUUGGUAUAUUUUCAAGGCCAUUUUUGAUAGUACAUUGUAUUUACGGAUGCGGCUCUGUUGGAAGCCGAAAUACUACACGGCUUUAUGUGCUUCUGCUGGCCCUAUAAACUGGCCCUGUUCAUGAUCGAGCUAUAUUUUUAGUAACGCGAAGAUAUUCGCAGAAGUUUGCAAAUAAGCUUAUUUGUGCUAAUUAAUGUAUUCUUGUUAUUGCAUUGUAUAAGACUCAUUUAUAAGCUCUGUAUUGGGUAACAAAAUCAUGUCGAUGCAUACUGGCCAACAUGCGAAUCUAUAUAGCAAAAAUGUCCUAUAUAGAUUUUUCAUAGAUUCUAUAUAGAUUUCACCGAAAAUUUUGCCUGGGUAUGCUUGUUUGCCAUAUCCACUAUAGCUUUUUCAUAGAUUCUAUAUAGAUUUUUCAUAGUUAAUUUGGCCUGGGUAUGCUUGUUUGCCAUAUCCACUAUAGCUUUUUCAUAGAUUCUAUAUAGAUUUUUCACAGAUAAUUUUGCCUGGAUAUGCUUGUUUACCAUAUCCACUAUAGCUUUUUCAUAGAUUCUAUAUAGAUUUUUCAUAGUUAAUUUGGCCUGGGUAUGCUUGUUUGCCAUAUCCACUAUGGAUUUUUCAUAGAUUCUAUAUAGAUUUUUCAUAGUUAAUUUGGCCUGGGUAUGCUUGUUUGCCAUAUCCACUA